UUUUCGAAGCGGUGGCCGUGAAAAUGAGCAAGUGGGUCCCGUACAAGCCGUGGAAGAUCGAGUCGUAUCUUUCGCCCGAGCUGCGCCAGAAGCUCCGCGAGAAGCUCGUCUUCGUCGUGGCCUCGGGCACGCAGCAGGCGUACCAGUCGCCCACGGCGGAGCAGAGUUUCCGCUACCCGGCGCCGACGAGCCACAAGGAAGAGGCCCACGUGCCGUCCACGGGCUCCAAGAAGAACGUCUACAGCACGCAGUACUACACGCGUGAUGUGCGCCGCUUCAAGAAGUGGAACAAGGCCGAAGUUGGCAUCCACCCGUCGCUUGCGAUCGCGCCGCCGGCGGAGCUGCCUGCUGACACCUUCAUGGGCAGCCCGGGCAACAAGAACCCCGCUGUCUUGGCGUACGACCCGACGGGCACGCGCUCGGCCAUGUCGACGACGUUUGCUGCUCGCGAUAGCCUCAUUGAAGCGCUCGGUGAAGACACCCACUUGGUGCGCAUGGAGUGGGAGCCGUUCCAGGCCGAGAUCAUUGCCGAGUAUGAGGCCAAUGGCACGCCGCCGGUGCCCGGUCGCCCGUUCCCGUGGGACAUGCCCAACCGGUCGCGCAUUGCGCGCUGGUAAACGAUCGGGCAAUGGUACUGCAUCUGUAUAGGACAUCUUAUUGGGACACACAGCAAGAGCCUUGUACGAUUGAAAAUAUAGAUAUCGUUGUUCGUCGUGG